AUGUUCAUGUACUUGGUGGGUAGUGGCUUCAGUCAAGGGGAAGUGAAAUGGUUGAGUAACGACGAACUUGAAUGGCAACUUCUUCUGACCACGACUCAAGUUCCUAUAGUGGUUACGGUAACGUCCUCGUUGUGCGGUGAACCAUGCGCUACCAUGGACAGUAGCCUGGUUGACGCGGUUGAAUUAUAUCUCUUCAAAAGUGGAAAAGAGAUAAAUCGUUUAGAAAAUGAUUUAUCUUGGGGUGCAAUUGCUGACAUGAUCGACUCUUCAGUCUUCGCCAUGCCUCCCUCCGAUUCCGCCCCAGCACCCUCUCCCAUUCAAUAG